AUGUUUUUAAGUGUUCUUUUUUUGUCUACAGUCAGAGAACACACUUCACACCACGUGACGAGAUUAAGACAUUCCAGACAUCUCGAUGGGUACCUGCCUAUCCACACCUCAGCCUUCGUACCUGGGACUUCGCCAAAGCUGGCGGUGAAGGACAACCACAAGCCAAUUUUUACCGAGUGUUUGAACUACAAACCCACAGUCAAAGAGGAGCAACCAGUGGGAACAUAUGUAUUCACGGUGCACGCAGAAGACAGAGAUCCACCCGAGAUGGGCGGUACGGUCACGUAUAAAUUCGUCUCCACUCCUGGAGAGAAAGAGAGAUUUCACGUAGAUCCUGAAACGGGAAGAAUUACGACAGCUGAUAUUUUCGACCACGACGAGCCAUCGCGUGAAAAAGAAGCAUACAUAACAGUACGGGCGAGCGACAACGGUCAACCACAAUUGGACGAUGCCUGCACUAUCAAGAUUCUUAUAGAGGACAUCAAUGAUAACCAGCCGGUCUUCGACAAAGUCUCGUAUUCGGAGUCGGUGCCACAAGAUCUACCCAGCGGUCGUGAGGUUAUGAGAAUAUCCGCCACUGACAUUGACGAUGGAAAUAAUUCCAUCGUCCACUACAGCUUGGACUCUAAUUCCCCUGACCAGGCUUAUUUUUAUAUAGAUCCUGACAACGGAGUCAUAUUUUUAAACAAAACCAUUGAUAAAGUUCCUGGGUACAAAUUUAAGUUGAGUGCCAUAGUGAAAGAUAUGGGCGAUCCGCCUCAACAAAGUUCGAUUACUUUAGACAUUCAAGUCAUAGAGUCUAACAAGAAAAGCCCGUCUUUCAUAGAAGUUCCCGAUGAACCGAUAAGAUUAAAAGAAAAUUACGCUGACUUCAACACUCCUAUAGCUACAGUUAGAGCAGUUUCAAAUAUACCUGAAGAGCAGAAAUUACAGUUUGAAUUAGUGAUGGGUCAAACGGAACAAACGAAUAAAUGGCACACAUUUGUCUUGGAACCGGAGGCUAAUUCGGCUUACAUAAAGCUGGGUAAUCAUUUGGAUUAUGAAAAAAUUACUGAUUAUACUUUGACAGUUAGGAUACAGAACAAUUACAAAUUAGCAGCUGAAACGAUAAUACAGAUUGAAGUUGAAGAUGUCAACGAUAAUAUUCCAAUCUUUAGUGAAAUAAGAUCAGGCAGUGUGCUAGAAAAUGAGCCUCCAGGCACUCCAGUUAUGCAAGUCCGUGCUUUUGACUACGACGGUACUUCAGCCAACAAUCAAGUGACUUACGAACUAGGCGACCCGUCAGAUCCGUUCGCCAUAGACAGUAUCACUGGCAACAUAACAACAUUAAAAAUGUUCGAUAGAGAAGAGCGAAGCUUUUACAACAUCAAAAUAAUCGCUACUGACAAUUCUGAAUCGGCAUUAAUACCCGGAAAGCAUAACGCCGGUCAGCAAGUUUUCCUCAUAGAAAUUGCCGAUAAAAAUGACAAUCGCCCACAUUUCACACAAGAAACUUACGUAGCUGAAUCGAUUGCUGAAAACGCAAAUAUAAACGAGCUCGUCACACAAGUCACUGCUGUGGAUAUUGAUACAGCGUCAGUUGUGACGUAUAGCAUCGUCGCUGGCAACACUUACGACGCGUUCGUUAUUCGAAACUUCACGGGUGAGAUACGAGUGAACAACGAACUGGAUUAUGAAAAUAUAACAAGCUACAGCCUCGACGUUAAGGCAUUCGACGGUCUCUUCGAAGAUUAUGCCAAAGUGAUUAUCAACAUAGAGAAUUUGAACGAUAACCCGCCAGUUUUCUUGGCUAAUUACACGAAAACGAUUGAAGAGGAGAAACUAUACGAAGGAUGCAUUGUCAAGGUCGAAGCGUAUGACCCUGACAUCAAGGAUCGCAACGCGCCACAGAACAUAGUCUACUCCCUUGUCAAACACGAACAGAAGGAGUUCCUGCAAAUCGACAAUGAUGGCUGCCUCCGCCUCACAAAACCAUUGGACCGCGAUCAGCCCUCUGGUUUUACUAGAUGGCAGAUUUUGAUAAUGGCUGCCGACCAAGGAGGAAGGUUGGGGUCUGACAGCUUGAGGUCAACCACUGAAGUUAUAUUGGAGCUGACUGACAUCAAUGACAACGCGCCAUUCCUUACGAAUACUCAACCAGUGAUUUGGUACGAGAACGAACCGCCUGGACAGGUUGUAGUUCUCACCGCAAAAGACUACGAUUCCACAGAAAACGGACCCCCAUUCACUUUUGCACUCAACGAUUCAGCCAGCUUCGAUAUACGCUCCAAGUUUCAUAUACAAGGCAACAUUCUAUCAACUUUAGUCUCAUUCGACAGAGAGCAACGCAAAGAGUACAAGAUUCCAGUCGCCAUCACAGAUUCAGGAACUCCAAGGCUGACGGGAGUCUCCAUUCUUCACGUGGUUAUAGGCGACCGAAACGACAACCCAAUGGCUCCCGGACAUAGCAAUAUAUUUGUUUAUAAUUACAAGGGCGAGGCACCGGACACAGAAAUCGGACGUGUGUUCGUAGACGAUCCGGACGAUUGGGAUUUGCCGGACAAGAGGUUCAUGUGGCUGCCUUCCUAUGAGCAGAGGAGUCCGUACUUUGACGUGCACAGCAACACAGGCAUGAUAACUAUGAAAGAAGGAACCCCUAAUGGCUCAUAUCUGCUGCGAUUUAACGUCACCGAAGAAAAUGAGCCUCUAGUCCCGUUCCACUGGGUGGAGGCAACAGUGAACGUCACCAUAAAGGAGAUCCCCGAGGAGGCGGUCGACAAAUCCGGCUCUAUCCGAUUCGUCAACAUCACGGCCGAGGAGUUCAUCGUGCCGGAAGCCGAUGGUACAAGUAAAAAGGACAAACUACAUCGUCGUCUCGCUCAGCUCUACAAUACAUCAAUGGACAAUGUUGACGUGUUCACUGUAUUCAGCAAGCCAACCGUCAAGGAUGUAUUUUUGGAUGUCCGGUUUUCGGCUCACGGAUCCCCAUACUAUCCCGCUGAGAAAUUGGAUAGUAUGGUCAUUGGGAUUCAAGAAAAGCUCGAAGAAGAUUUGCAGGCGAAAAUUUACAUGGUGAAGAUCGACGAGUGUCUGAUAGAGAAGGAGCAAUGCGAGGAUUCGUGUCGUAACGUCCUGAUGAAGAAUAACGUCCCGCUCUCCGUUUACACCAACACCACGAGUUUUGUGGGUGUUUCUGCUAGAGUGGAGUCAGAGUGCACUUGCGAUGUCGAAGAGCCGCUCAUUUGUUUGAAUGGAGGAACCCCAUUUGCUGACAAAUGCGAAUGUCCCGAAGGCCUAUCGGGGCCGCAUUGCGAGCUAACAUCCAUUGGUUUCCAUGGCGACGGCUGGGCCAUGUACCCGUCGCCACCAGCGUGCCACGAGGGUCAUGUCACUCUGACGGUAACGUCGCAUGCGAGUAACAGCCUCGUGUUCUACCUCGGACCGUUGAAGUACAACCCGCUGCUGGACGUUCAAGAUUUCAUGUCUCUGGAACUUGUCGACGGAUUUCUAGUUCUCCUUGUAAACUACGGCUCCGGCACCACACGUUUGAACAACAGCGUAGUCCACGUGGCCGAUGGCAAACCGCAUCUCAUAGAGAUAGUCCUCAUGAGGAGUUCCAUAGAAAUGUUCGUGGACAGGUGCAAGCUGUCGACGUGUAUGAGUCUAGCCGCACCCACCGGACCUAGAGAAAUACUUAAUGUUAACGGGCCACUUCAGCUGGGAGGUGCAAGUAUCGAUCUACAAAACGUAGCGAGGACGUUCGGCUGGCAACACGUACCGACGAACCAACAUUUCGUUGGUUGCAUCAGUAACUUCACGUACAACGAUUUUAUGUACAAUUUGGGUGAGCCGUCGGUACAUCACAACGCCGAUCCAAGCUGUCAGAAAAGCAUGUUCACGGCGGUCACAUUUGGCAUCGACACCAACUUCCUCGUCGCAAUAUUAGUCUGCAUAGCGAUAUUAGUCAUACUAUUAUUAGCCGUAGUGGUGCAUCGUCGAAGAGCUGAUGCGUGGGCCGAAAAGGAAUUGGACGAUAUCAGAGAAAAUAUCAUCGCGUAUGAAGACGAGGGGGGCGGCGAAGGCGACGCUGGCUACGAUUUGCACGUUCUGAGGCAAAUGUACGACGGUCCCCCGAUCGACAACGACCGAUCUGCCACGUUUAUGCAGGCUCCAGUGGUGGGUGCCGCGCCGGAUAUCUCCGGUUUCCUCGACGAUAAAAAAUCCGUCCUCGACCGAGAUCCGGACAUCAAUCCGUACGACGACGUCCGACACUACGCUUACGAGGGAGACGGGAAUACAAGUGGCUCUCUUUCCUCGCUUGCAAGCUGUACCGACGACGGUGACCUCAAAUUCAAUUAUUUAUCUACAUUCGGUCCCCGAUUCCGCAAACUUGCCGAUAUGUAUGGGGAUUCAGAAGACGAUAGAGCACCACACGAGGAAUCUUGGUGCUAG